AUGGAAAGGAGGUUUAAAAAAAAUGACAGCGAAAAUGACUACAAGUAUUAUGUGCUGCAAAUAGGGCGAAAAUACACCUAUCUAGGAUUUUCAGGACUGCACAAACCCCUGUCAGUUUACAGAACUCCCGAUUUUUUUCGGUACAAUGAAAGUUUCCACAAUUAUUCUGAGAAUAAGAAGGGGGUAUACGACGUGGUGGGAAUUGUUUCGGAGGGAGGAGGAACUUCCUUGCGGGGCUGCGCAGGGGGUAGCGAGGAUAGCGCGAUCCUAGGCGAGAAAGGCUCUAACCCAGGCCAACGCAAGAAAGGUGCUAAUCCGGACGAACGCAAGAAAGGUGCUAAUCCGGACGAACGCGAGGAAGGUGCUAAUCCGGACCAACAGGAGAAAGGUACUAAUCAGGACCAACAGGAGAAAGGUACUAAUCAGGACCAACAGGAGAAAGACGCCAACCGGGACAAACGCGAAAAAGGUACUAAUCAGGAGCAACACAAGAAAGGUGUUAAUCAGGACCCAAACCAGGGCAGUACUGACCGGGACCAACAUCUGAACAGCGUUCGCCAGGACCACCGCCUCCCCCUCACGGGGUGCAGCAAACACGAAGGGAGCCUGAUCUACCACUACGAGUACAAAUUCCACCAAGAUGAGAAGCUGUGGUGCAAAUUCUUCGAGGAGUUCACAUUCCACAUUUUUCGCAAGUUAAUAAAAACGAAUAACAAGGCAAAAAAAGUAAUCGUCCUUUUGAACAUGUUCAUGCCAACGAUAAUUAAAUAUUCCCUCUGCAAAAGUUUGAUCGAAAAUUAUGAAUACGCCUCUAUCUCGUACAUAAACGACUUAGUGUCGCCGCUUUUCUUGUGCAACUGCAACACAUGUGUGGUGAUCGACUUGGGUUACUUAAGCUGUCGGCUGCUGCCCGUAAUGAAUGGAAUGCCAUUAUAUCACCAUUAUACGUAUGUAGACAAUGGUGGGUUUUACAUCAAUAUGGAAAUUAAGAGGUUACUGAAGGAGCAGUAUGUGAGAAGGGCUCGGAGGAGGAGAGUCAAGAGCGAUUGGGCAGUUUCCAGUCCUUCAUUUGUACAAGCCUAUGAUGGGGAUAUCCUUACCAAUGUACAAAACACAGAUGAUGGUUAUACGGCAACUCGCCAUGAAGAAAAACGCACGGAGGGAGAAACAGGAGAAACAAACACCUCGCAGGGACUACUUAAUUAUUACCUCGAUUUAUACCCACUGGAGGAAAUAUUAAAGGUUAUAGACACCAUGCCAGAUGAUGAAAUAGAAAAUAUGAAGAUGAAAUUUUUUUAUUUAAAAAAUGAAGAAGCCAAAUUGUACAGCAACAAAAUUGUCUUGUAUGAAUUUCAAAAUUACGAAAUGAUCAUAGAAGCAGAUACUAGGUGGAUGGCGUGCGAAAUAUUAUUUACUAAAAAUUAUGAGCAAAAUAUAAAUUCUAUGUUCGCAUCCAUACUGUCUAAAUUACACAUGUUUGAGUUUUCCGCUUUCCAGAAUGUGCUGCUGGUUGGUGGAUGCAGUAACAUCAAGGGGAUCGUUUCGAAAAUUGCUCAAUCCCUUUUCCACGCGUUAAGUGAGAAAAAAAAGACAUCCGUCAAAGAUUUGGAAAAUAGAGUCAACUUUCUCUUUCCAAAGAUAUCCCCCAACCUUCGCCAAUUCAUAGGGGCUUCCAUCUGCUCGAAUUUGGAAAACCUGCCCGAUUACACGCAGGAGCAUGUUCAUAACAGUGUGUUGUAUGACCACCUGAAUGAAGAUGUCUACUUCACCUUUAAGCGGUGA